AUGGACGACUCGACAGCCACGACCUUCAGCGAGAGCACAGCGACGCUGGAGGCUAGCAGCACCACGUCCUACCAGGACACCUCGGUCGCCGAGGGCAGUGAGGGCGAGGAAGGUAACCGCUGCCUGGGCUGGCUGUUUCCCGGCGUCUUCUACGUGUUCCUCGCCGUGCUCGUGAUCGGCCUGGUGCUCUUUGAGUACAAGACCGCUGGCGUGCGCCAAAUGAUCUUCGCCCCGGCGGAGAUCACGCCCGAAGUGAUAGCCCCUGCAGUCCUACGCAGUGGCGUCAGCGUCAACAUGGCUGCGACAGCGACGAGUGCCGGCAGUUCUCCGGGUGCCGCGAGGCCCAGUAAGGUCGAGGCCGGUCACACGGCCGCCGUCACCACGGCUUCGACCAACAGCUCGACGGCCGGAACCCGAGGUCUGAUGAGGCGGUUCCUGUGGCCCUUCGGCACAGCCACACCCGUCGCCAAGAGUACCGCGCCACGAUGGCGUCCACCCGCGUCGUGCUCCAACGUGACCGUGGUGACUUGCGACUUCGAGUCGUUCCGGGAGCGGGCCUUCUACGUGGCCGAGUCUUCGUACGGCGGCUUCUUCUGCGCCGAGUGGUUGCAGCACACGCACUGCCCCGUCAACGAGGAUCGCUUCAGCGUCUACAGCCACUGCGACUCGAAGUGCAAAGCCGCCUCGGGGCACAAGUGCGACGAACCGCGGUUUCGGCUGUGUACCACGGCCGACAAGGUGUACCAGUACUACUACAGCCAAGGCAAGUGCCAGCCUCUAGACAAUGACGAGACGGGGUGCCUGGUCGGCAGGAACCGCUUCGAGAGCGAGGAUGCCUGCGUGCAGGCCUGCGGUGACUUGUUGACGGUGGUGACGCUGAUCGAGAUAAAUGCGGUGUCCGCGGAAGACGAGGGCCUGCACGCUUUGGCCACGGGCAACACCUCCGGCGGCAGUUGCCACGACGCGGUGUGGUCGUCGCGCCGGUCCCGCUAG